AUGCGAUUACAAUCCGCCUCAUACCUCCUCCCUGCCCUCCUACCGAGCCUGGCGUCAGCCUCCGGCUUCGACUGCGCCCACAUUAAGCUUGACAAUUACAAAUAUGACCUCAGCCCCCUCAAAGGCGUGCACGAGAUAACCCAUUCCGUAACGACGGACGACUACGAGACAAACACGACUUACCGACUGAACAUCUGCAAUAUUCUCGGAAAAAAUGCCCGCUUCGGCGAUGCGACAUGCGAAAGUAGCAGGAACGUCUGCGGCUUUGUACACCGUGCCGCGAAAGACGGAAACGGCGGAUCAACAUUCGGCUUCCCGAUCGUCGGCUUGGACCACGUAGGCCAAGGCUCGAAGGAUCCCGAAUUGAAGCGAUUGAAGGACAUCGAUCCCGAGACUGAAGGUCUGCGCGUUAAGCUCGAGGGCGGCUCAUACAAGGGUGAUGGAAAUGACCAGAAGGCUAAGAAGGCCGGCGCUAUCAUUGAAUUCCAGUGUGACCACGAGCGAUCUGGGCUUGAAGGGUUGCACACUCUUGCCGAGGACCUGGAGACGAAGGAGCGGCGUCGCAGGGCGGAGGAGGAGGCGCCAAAGGGGAACACCAGCAGUCUUCAAUUUAAGAGUUUCGGGCUCUCGGAUGACGAUACAUAUAUUCUGCGACUGGAUUGGCGUACAAAGUAUGCCUGUGACAACUACGAGGACGAGAAGGGUGAAGGUGCCUCUAAGAGCUGGGGCUUCUUCACCUGGUUGAUCAUCAUCGCCUUCCUCUGCAUCGCCGCCUACCUCAUCUUCGGCUCAUGGCUCAACUACAACCGCUACGGCGCCCGCGGCUGGGAUCUCCUUCCCCACGGUGACACUAUUCGCGAUGUCCCCUACAUCUUCCAGGACUGGCUCCGCCGUGUGAUCAACACACUGCAAGGAGCAGGCUCGCGUGGCGGAUACAGUGCGGUAUGA